AAGAGUUCUCAAACUUUGACGGAGGCUAUGCCAGUGGUCACAACAAGAUUGGUUGCAAGUAAUGUACUAAUGUACAUGAGGAAGCAGUGAUAUCUCGAGUUUAUCGAUCCUAGGAUUUGAAUUGCUGAAGAAAGACAGAGUGAACAUGGGUUCUUAUUCUCCAUCCUCAUCGUCAAAGCAAGAAAAGCCAGGAUUGGGUUGGAUGGAAUGGCUUAGUGGGUGGUCUCAUUUGAUUUCUGAGUUAAUUUUUCAGAAAGUUAUGUCAAGACAUUUGCAUAAUCCAUUGCUUUUGCCUCCACUUAAUGGUGUGACUUGUAUUGUUACUGGAUGUACUAGUGGAAUUGGACUUGAAAUGGCCAGACAAUUGGCUGAGUCUGGGGCACACGUUGUUAUGGCAGUAAGGAACCCGAAUGCAGCCCAUGAAUUGAUCCAGAGAUGGCAGAACCAAAGUUCCAAUAAGGGCCUCCUCAGUUUUGAGGUGAUGGAACUCGAUCUUCUUUCUCUAGAAUCAGUUGUGCGAUUUUCUGAAGCAUGGAAUUCAUUUUUGAAACCCUUACAUGUCCUAAUCAACAAUGCGGGAAUUUUUUCAAUGGGAAAGCCACGGAAAUUAUCGAAGGAUGGCUAUGAAACACACAUGCAAGUGAACCAUCUUGCCCCAGCAUUACUUUCAUUAUUGCUUUUGCCCUCACUUAAAAUGGGUGCUCCAAGCCGAAUCAUCAAUGUUAAUUCCAUCAUGCAUUUCCUUGGGUUUGUUGAGACAUCUGACAUGAACUUCACGUCGGACAAAAGGAAAUUCACUGGCUUACAAGCUUACUCAAGUAGCAAGCUAGCACAAGUGAUGUUUAGCAGUGUCCUUCAGAAGCUCAUGCCUGCUGAUUCUGGUAUUAGUGUAGUUUGUGUAGACCCUGGAAGUGUCCAAACAAAUGUUGCAAGGGAUCUUCCAACAAUUGUGCAAGCUGCUUAUAAGCUAAUACCAUUUUUUCUAUUUGAUGCUCAAGAAGGCUCAAGAAGUGCACUUUUUGCAGCUACUGAUGCUGAUAUUCCAAAGCACUGUAUGAAGCUUAAAGUUGAUGAGUGGCCUGUCUGUGCUUACAUUGCCUACAAUCUUCGUCCUAUGAAUCCUUGUGAAGAAGCAUACAACUUAAGUACUUGUCAAAUUGUAUGGGAGAAGACACUCGAAAUGAUUGACCUUGCUUCUGAUGCCUUGGAGUUGCUUCUAGAAGGAAAAAAAAUCCAAUGCCGGUAUGGACUCACCUGAAUAGUUGCAAACAAUAAGGUGAGAAAACUUCCACUUGUAGCUCCUUUGCUCUAUAGCUCUAUCCUGGGAAUGUUAGUUUUCUUAUGAUGGACUAAGCUUGUGUGUUUUUGUGUCUUAAUUUCACAAAACUAAAGGUUCAAAAAAUAGCAAAUGAAGAGAACCAAUAGAUUUUAAUUCAAAAACAUGAGAUUUGGG